CCCACAUGCAGGGGGCUGAGUUGAGAGAGAGGGAGCUGUGACGUUUGACCUACUUUUCAACAAACACUUGUCAAAGCCUCGCCACUCUUUACUGUGCCGAGUUCUCACACUUUGAAGUGUUUCUUCUCAAUCACUAAGUUGUCCGCGAGAUUGCGUGGUACCGUCCGCACGAGCCACCGAGACACAGCUAGGAAGAGACCCGGGGAAGGGGGUCUGUCUGUCGGAGUGGGGAGAUUGCAACAGCGCAACACGGACUACCGUAACGUGUAGAAACGGUUUCAAGAAAGCAGGACAGUAGUGAUUCUUUUAAGUGGGUGGGUGUGAUGCUAACAUGGAGGCACAGAACAACAACCAGCCCACCUUCGACAACCACAAUAACCUCUACAAAAUCCCGGAUAAGGAGGAUCAGAAAAACAUACCAGGCUGUAGGUACUGCUGCACUCUGUCAAACUUUCGUAUUGAGAAGAAGAUUGGUCGGGGCCAGUUCAGUGAGGUCUAUAAAGCCACAUACCUGCUGGAGGGACAGCUGGUUGCACUCAAGAAAGUCCAGAUCUUUGAGAUGAUGGAUGCCAAGGCUCGUCAGGACUGCAUCAAAGAGAUAGAUCUACUAAAGCAGCUGAAUCAUCCCAAUGUAAUCAAAUACAUUGACUCCUUCAUUGAAGACAAUGAGCUCAACAUUGUUCUGGAGCUGGCAGAUGCAGGAGAUCUGUCCCAGAUGAUAAAGUACUUCAAGAAGAAGAGGCGCCUCAUACCAGAGAGGACGAUAUGGAAGUAUUUUGUGCAGCUCUGCAGCGCCCUGGAGCACAUGCAUUCACGUAGAGUAAUGCACCGGGAAUCAGAUAUCAAGCCUGCCAACGUGUUCAUAACAGCAACAGGAGAGGUAAAGCUGGGUGAUCUGGGAUUAGGCCGCUUCUUCAGUUCUAAAACUACAGCUGCGCAUUCCUUAGUGGGGACACCUUACUACAUGUCACCAGAGAGGAUCCAUGAGAACGGAUACAAUUUUAAGUCUGAUAUCUGGUCCCUGGGAUGUCUUCUGUAUGAGAUGGCAGCACUGCAGAGUCCGUUUUAUGGGGACAAGAUGAACCUGCUGUCCCUCUGCCAGAAGAUUGAACAGUGUGAUUACCCUCCCCUCCCUCCUGACCAUUACUCUGAGAAGCACCUUCUGCAUUUGGAUUUGGUUAUACACAGCUGCGGGACCUGGUCAGCAUGUGCAUCAACCCAGACCCAGACCAGCGACCAGACAUCGUCUUUGUGCUGCAGUUUGCCAAACAGAUGCACAUGUGGACAUCCAGCACCUGAGCACCAUAUCUGCUUCAAGCCUUCUCUGCUCAGUCUGAGGACUUCAGACCACUUGGCAUAACAUCUGCCUGGUCUCGCACUAAAGUGUUUGCCUUAGCCUCAUGUCGACAGGAGGAAACCAUAGAGAGACUCCACUCCUGUCCUGUCACAGAGACUGUAAAGAGCUGCGUUACUGGUGGAGCACUCAUGGAGAGUGGAGUUAAUGUCAGCACACUUAUCAAUGUGAGAGCUGACUGCAUUUCUGCUCUUUACUGUAGCUAUGGACAGAGAGCUGCGUCUCACUGCUAUCCCCGAUCUCUCCAAGCUGUUUUCUAUCACUCCACAGGGGGUUGCAUUCCAAGUUCAUGCCCUGUGUGUCGGCUGAAGCUAGUGCAGUAGAGAUUGGAUAUUCAUUAUUUAAUCCAUCAUUGUAAUCCUUUUUUGCCUAUAUUUUAUCAAUUUCAGUACAUCAUUUAGGGGUCUAAAUGGACAAUUGGUAAAUUUGUAAUUACUAAGACAUAUUUCUCCCAGAAUGCAGCUCUGCCUAUAUGUUAGCUUGCUAUGAGUCUGUUGUGAUGGAAAUCUGCCUCACUGCUCAAAUAUCAAUAUAAAUAUAUAUAUACCAGACUCUUCAACCACAUGCCAUGGUCUUCAUCAACAGAUGGAGCUUGCUCAGCCGUAAGUGACUUCUCUGAAAAACAGCUUCCACAACUGAGCAAAACCUGUUUGCCAAUGAGGACCAUUAGAUGUGGUUGAAAACUCAGGUAAAACUUCGUAAAAUGACCUUGAGUCAAGAUUGACAACUUUGAGGCACAAUACUGUAAUUGUCUGCAUUAUUUUUUGCCAAUUGGGGGCAGCACAGUAAUCUGAAAAAACAAUAUUGACAUAUUUGUUAGUAAUAUUUGAUCUAUUGACUCAGCCAGCAGACACAGAGAAACCCUAUCAUUCAUUCAGAGUGGUGUUUGUAUCCACCUGAAUAAUGGUAAAUAAUAAAUGGACUGUACUUGUAUAAUGCUUUUCUAGUCUUUUCAACGCGCUUCCACAAGAUAUGUCACAUUCACCCAUUCACACACACAUUCACACAGUAGUGGCAGAGGCUACUGUACAAGGUGCCACCUACUAGGUAGUAACCAUUCAUAUGCAUGUGCACGCAUGUCCCCCUACACAUCUGGAGCAAUUUGGGGUUCAGUGGCCCAAGGAUACUUUGACAUGAUGCCUGGGAUCGAACCGCUGACCUUCCGAUUAGAAGACGACCCACUCUCCCUCUGAGCCACAGCCGCCCCAAUCUAAGUUCAAAAAGGAAAAUCUACUUUCAGCUUUGCUUUGGUCCUCACCAACUCCUGAGAAAAACUAUGUGCUCCACUCUGUUCACUAGCUAGUCUUUAACUUUGGGUCUUUUCCAGUACCGACUGGUGUCUUAUAUCUUAUAAGAUUCUACUGACUUGCGUUCUUGGAAAUGCAGGAUCUGGUGCCCCUCUUGUAUCUCAGUCUUGACGAUAACGAUAAAGUCAUGUUCACACUGCUGUAGAACAGGACAGUGAGGUUGUGAAUAUGCUUGGGUGGUAUGUAAUAUUUAAAACCUUCCUGAAAUUUCACCAAGGUAUAUGGUAUAUGGCGUUGCAACUGUGCUAUGCUAACAACUCCCCCCCAUUCCUCCCAACAGUGAUAGCUUUUUAUACUAAUAAAUACACAAUAGAAACCCACAAAAUGUUAAUAAAAGUA